AUGCUCGGUGAGCCUAUCGCCGGUUCUCCCUUUACUGCCAAAGCUUACGAUGCUAGAAUGGCCCGACUUAGCCAGUCAUCCGACGCUGAACCUGAGGUACGAGUUCGUGAUCCUCAAGGUAAUGACAUUCCCGUGGAGAUAACACGCAGUCGCCAGGAUGACACUCUUUGCAUAGCUACCUAUACUCCCAAAUACGCUGCCCGAGCUGGAGCCGGUAACAUGGAGAUUAUUGUGUCGGUAGAUAAUCGCAAUGUUCCAAAUUUUGUCCAAGCAGAAGGACAAGCGAAAUUCAAAGUGUCCUUCACUCCACAAGAGGCCAAAGAGCAUGUUAUAAGUGUACGAUUUAAUGGUGUCAGCGUGCCAGGUGGGUUGCAGUUUUUAUCUAAGGGUUAAAA